UUUCACAUGGGAACAAACACUCAUCAGCUGAGUGUGGUCCAUAUCAAGAAAUUUCUUGAAUUUCAAAAGGAAGAAAGUUCAUCACCCGUCCUUUUUGAACUGGCAGUAGAGUCUUAGUAUUGCGAAUCUUCCUGGCAAAAAUGGGAGAGAAAAAAGGUGGAAAUCCGGGAGAAAAACGGACUAACAAAUCUAAAGAUGGCGGAUCGAGCGAUGAUUCGAAAACAUCCUACAAGAACUUUGCUUUUCUCUGCCUAAUGGUUCUGCCAUCUCUAUUCUGGCUUGCAGCUGUCGGUGGUGAUGUUAUUUCUAAUGCUGGUACAGUAUUUGGAAACAAUUCGAAGAUUCUAUCGGUGAUCGGGCUGAUAGGGAUUACAAUCAUUGCGGGGUAUCUCUUCAAACCGCUAAGGUUGUAUUCAAAACUGUUGCUUCCUGUGUUUCUUUGGGCGCUUCUUCUUCCCACUUUUCAAAUAUAUUUGUGCUCUCCACUGGAAAUCAAGAACGAAAACAUCGGAACACAAUACAGCUUGAAAACGACUGCGUCGGAAUUUCUUCAGCAAGCUUGUGAAGAAGUUUGCUUGAAUAAAUCAAAAAUUCCAUCAUCUUACGCCUUAACCUUUUUUACACCUCGAGUUUCGCUUCGCGUCAAAUUCAGCCAGAUCGUAGAUUUAAACAUUACGACGUCAACAAUGGUAGGCGACGAAAAAGUGCCUUUGGCAAAAAUUGUACUUCUGAAAUCAUGGCGGAGUGUGAAAGGAAAGUACUUUGGUCUUCAUAUCAUAACAAGGGUACCAGUGAAGAUUAAAAAAUUUCAAGAAAGCAUGACUGCCAAGCAAGGAAUGCUUUUAUCAGGGAGAGUGGAAAAUAUCCCUUCAGAUCUGAAGAAACUUCGUAGCGAACUGGAAAAGCAGAGACAUUUUAUUCGACCGUUUGUUUUGGAAGUCUUCAGGGCAACCCCGAUUGAAGAGUGAACACUGUAAUAAUUAAUAAAAUGCUUAAGCUGUGUUGUCAUGGUAGCUGGUGAAUUUCCAGCUGAUCAGAAAUUUUAAUUUUUUUUCUCUCAAGGGCAAGAUUUCUGCACAGCCUCAUAUUUUACUAUACAUACAGUUCUUGUAUGAAGAAAACAAUGCUACAAAUAAUGGGUUCCCUGUGAUACUGUGGUUUUUACAAUGGUCUGCAGAAAUCUUUCCCCUUUUAGUACCAGGUUUUGCAACCUUUAAGCUAUGAGAUAAUUGUAGAAAUAUUUUUCAUGUUCUAUACAUUUAGAAAUACUUGCAUGAUUGAUUGCCUUCUCUCUCUCCUUGCGCUC